AUGAACUCUGAGGACAUCAUCCGGAUCAGCAGUAAGCGUCUGGGAGAUAACAGACCCGUCAUCGACCACCUUUCGGACGAUACAUUUGCCAUCCUUGGCCCCCGUGAGCAAGCCCACGUCAUGCUCGACAAGAUCCUCCGCCAUAGCGAUAAGCCUACAUUCACAUGCAUCGCGAGACUCGUUCCCGACACGGAGAAGGCGGUAACACCCAUCUCUACGGCGGGCGUGGCUCAGGGCGUGACACCUGGGGUCCUUCACCACGGCAUCGGCGAAACCAAGGUUGUUCCCGCUCCCGAUCUCGACGGCUCGGUGCUUUCCCGCCGCAGCCUUGAUGCUGCGCUGGAAAAGUGGUCAACAGGGGGCAAACCCGACAUCAAGCUAAAGUUUCUUGUCGAUGAGAUGGAACGCCUUGAGCCACAGGCCCGUUCCGUCGAGCUGCUCGUGAUACAGCGACUCGCAGCUAAGAACCCAAGGAUGACCGUUUUUGACUUCAACUCAAUGUUCUCAACAGCGCAACGAUACUGUUACAAUCAGAUAGAGAAGCAGGGGAAGACGCAGGUCGGCAAAGAUACAAUCUGCUUCAAUCUUCUCGUACACUUCUGGUUGAUGUCCAUCGACCCAAGUCUGGGUCCCGGGGUUUCACUUAGGUUGGGCCCUGAUAAUAUCACUUUCCCGUGGCACAAACUGAGGCCUAGCAAUAUGGCAGGUGGUCCUGAUCCGUCAUAUGAGAACUUCCUCCAGGAGCGCAAGUAA